AGUCACGUCAGCAGGGCGGUGGUUGUGCUGUGCUUUUAGGAGCGAUGUCGGGCCGCGGAAAGCAGGGCGGGAAGGCGCGCGCCAAGGCCAAGUCGCGCUCGUCGCGGGCCGGGCUGCAGUUCCCCGUGGGCCGCGUGCACCGGCUGCUGCGCAAGGGCAACUACGCGGAGCGGGUGGGCGCCGGCGCCCCGGUGUACCUGGCGGCCGUGCUGGAGUACCUGACGGCCGAGAUCCUGGAGCUGGCGGGCAACGCGGCCCGCGACAACAAGAAGACGCGCAUCAUCCCCCGCCACCUGCAGCUGGCCAUCCGCAACGACGAGGAGCUCAACAAGCUGCUGGGCAAGGUGACCAUCGCGCAGGGCGGGGUGCUGCCCAACAUCCAGGCCGUGCUGCUGCCCAAGAAGACCGACAGCCACAAGGCCAAGGCUAAGUGAAAGCUCAGGAAUGAUUCCAUCUCCAAGGAACCCAAAGGCUCUUUUCAGAGCCACCCACUUUCUCAUAAAGGAGCUGCAGAUCCCAAAAAUA